AUGACUGCGUGGUGCGUACUAUACUACGGUACCAACAAUUUUACAAGUGCAGCAGUUCAGGGAAAUAGUUUAAAACAAUUUUAUCUUCGCAUACCCACUGUAAAAAUUCUCCGUCAGAAUCUGCAUACUUACGAGCUAGCAGAAAAUAUCCGGGCGAGCUAGUAACAAGUUUCAAUAUCAGCAUGUUGCAGUCAUUAACGAUCGAUGAGAAAUCCCUGCAGCAUGCGUUACAGACCUUUGCUGUGGCCUUGCAUCUCUUCAUCAUGUUCAUCUUUGGCUCGGUGAUCUUCCUGUUUUUCCUCUUCUUUCCCGUUCUUUUCGUCUUCUUCCCUAGCAGGCUGUACGUGAUCCCGUUACUCUACGUGCUAUGGUAUAUAUAUGACUGGGACCAGAGUUCCCGCGGCGGUCGUCGCAGUGCGGCUUUCCGGAGCUCCAUUUUCUGGCACUGGGUACGCGACUACUUCCCUAUCCGGUUGGUUAAGACAGCGGAACUGGAUCCGCGCCGGAAGUACCUGUUUGCCGGACACCCGCAUGGACCAACCAUGGCCUUCGGCUUUAUGACAGCCUUAUUCACGGAGGCACUGGGAGUGCGGGAAGUGUUUCCCGGGAUCAAUGUGAUAGGGUUGGGGCAGAAGUUUAUGAUGCAAGUCCCGCUAAUGCGCGAGUACACGAUGGCGUUUGGAGUGUGUGAUGUUAGUCGAAAAAGUAUAGAUUACUGGAUGACGAAAGGGGCGGGGACCGCGGUGGCUAUUAUCACUGGCGGAGCGCGGGAGAUCUUUGAGAUUGAUUGUCAUAAUGUCAAGCUGGUGCUGCGCAACCGCAAAGGUUUCGUCAAGGCUGCAAUCCAGCAUGGAGCGCAACUGGUUCCCAUAUUUGCCUUUGGUGAGAACGAUACGUACGAGUUAGCCUUCCACCGUGAUUCCGUUGUCUACCGUUUCCAGCGCUUUGUCCAAAAGAAAGUGCUCGGAUUCUGCCCGGCAUUAAUAAAAGGCCGGGGAUUUUUCGGUGGUAGCGGUCUAUUGCCGAAACGUGUUCCCAUUACCGUGGUCGUCGGAGCACCGAUUCCCGUAGAAGAAAAUUCUCAUCCAUCACAGGCGGAGAUUGACGCAUUGCACCAGCGCUACUUACAGGAACUGCGGAAUCUCUUUGACUGCCACAAAACACGCUAUGGCCAUCCGGAAUCGCAGCUGUCCUUCAUCGACUGAUACUCGCCCACUUCACAUUGAUA